AUGCUCACCGAGGAUUCCGUACCGGAGAUAUGCGACGCGAGAUCAGCAGUUGCAGGACUUGCCGAGCAGGAGAAGAAUUAUUACUGUCAACGAUGUCUAAAUCAUGGAGAGCUGAAACCAAGGAAAGGACACAAGCCGGAUUGUAGGUACCUCCAAUGUCCAUGUCCAGAAUGCAAGAUGGUUGAACAGCGGAGACAGUUAAACAAUCUUCUGAGUAAGAAAAAGGUCCAAUGCACUCCCAACACUCAAACUCUAAAUGGCAAACGUGUCCGAGAUCCCCAUUGUGCUAGAUGCUCCGCUCACGGAGUUCUCGUCCCACUUCGCGGACACAAACGGACCAUGUGUCAGUUUGUCACAUGUACUUGCACACUGUGUGCCCUCGUGGAAAACCGGCGCAUGUUGAUGGCUGCACAGAUCAAGUUAAGAAGAUCCCAACAGAAAUCUCGAGAUGGAAAAGAGCCUAAAACAAAGAAAGGAAGAAAACCCAGAGGAACAACACCAAUUAAUAUGGAAAAUAUGAAUAGAAUAAUGAUGGUAGUAACAACGGAGGACCAGAAAAGAACAGGAACAUCUACUAGUCCAUCUCCAUCAUUCACCAUUGACACCAUGUCUCCAUCUCUAUCGAUUUCUCCACCUCCGUCACCUCCAACUUUAUCUUCUCCCGUCUUCACCCCAAACCCUCCAAUUCUGGCUGCUCCAAUUCCAGUAUAUCCCCAAAUGACACCAAACAUCCAUCAGCUUCUACAGAACCAAUUGUUGCUCACCUACAUCCAAACACUACUACCGACAGUUCCUUUGGAACCUGUGCAGUCCCAAGUCACGCCCCUUUUGACUCCUCCUAAUUUCGUAAUUACCGAACAACUGGGAGCAUUAUGCAAUAUGUAUAUGAAAGAUUCUCUCAAAAUAUGA